UUUUAAUUUCUGCAGGGUUUUAUUAAAUAAUGGAGUUAAAUGAAUUAGUUUCAGCCAGCCGACAAUUUGUCGAUGAAUUAGAAAAAUACCGAGAUACUUGGGAAAGUCAAACACAUUGGUAUGCGAGGAAAACUUUCUUACGUCACAAUUGGGAAAAAUUUGAAGAUAAAGAACGCUUGCUGUGUUUGUCGUCUGCAUGGGCUAAUGUCGAAUUUUCGGGAAACAGGUAUCCCAACGCAGUAAUGCAACAACUGCAAGAGCUAACAAGUGAAAUGGAGCCAUCUAGUGUCUUACUCCGCGAUGCUGAAAAACAGGUGACCGGAAACUUUGAUGAGUCGGCCUGGGAACCAACGGCUUUGAAAACCAGGAAACUUCCUGGAGGGAUGGUUCCUGUUUUAUUUGUUAAACAAACUGAAAAAACUGCAACGAACAAAAAAAUAAACUCAAAAAACACGACUCCUGAAAAAGGAGGUGAAAAAAACUUGGAAAGAAACAAAAACUGGGGUCAAAAAGCCCCGGAAAUACCCCCAGAGAAGACGCUGAAAAACUGGGGUGGCCCAGAAAAAGAGGGGCAAAAAAUUUCCCCCAAAACGAGUGAAAACAAUUGUAAAACCACUUCUAGUCAAAUGGGGUUGAAAAAAGCUUUGACUCCUACGAAAUCUGGGGAUUUUCCAAAAAAGAAUAAUACAGGGUUGAACCCCCAGAAUAACGGGGGUCUUGAGAAACCCUCUUUGUAUCCAGUUCCUAUGGAUACUGACACCCCCGCACCCCCAAAACCCCUAAAUCGGGGUAAAAUAACUCUAGCUGCAAAUUUCUUUGGGGUUAAUCCACAACCCCCAAUAUCCGUGGCGAAACCCCAAUUUGCCCCUACAACUUUUGGGGAAGUUCCCAAAAAAUCUACUUUACCCCAAAAUGGCGAGAAAAUCCCUCAAAACACCUCUACCCCCCAAGAUUCUGGGGGAAUCCCCAAAUCUCAAUUAGCAAUCACCGAAAACGUGAAACUUUUAGAUUUGAACCAACGAAGCACAUUAGCCCCCUCUGUUACCCCUACCACCCCCGGGAACCCCCUAACCCCACCCACACCCUCGCGAGCGCAGUCAGUUUUAAUCAACAAGUUGCUGAUGAUUUUGAAAAAUCAAGAAAUCAACGAAGCGAAUCGAACACAGAUCUUCGCAAAUUCCGUUCAAUCGCUCAAAACUAACCCGGUUUUUAAAUACAACAGAUUGGGACCAAAAAUGGCGAUGUUUAAAAAAUGGGCGGAAAUUUCAAAAAUUCCAUUUAAAUUUCAACCAUCGAGCAUGAUAUGUGAUGUCUAUGUUUUGGAUGUUUUCAUUGCGCAAGGAUAUGGAACAGGAAGGCCCUCAGCGCAAGCAGAUGCACUUUCUCGUUUAAUGCUUUUUCUACACGCCACUCAAGUCUUCGUAAUAUCAGCACAAAGACGUUUAGAUGAAAAAUCUUUUCUCUGGCAGUUUAUUCUCAGUACAACGUCUUUUACAUUUGUGAUUCGGGAAUCCCCUAAUGCGAACCCGAUAUCCACGAUAUACGAAUCGGCGCAAUUCAAUCAUUUGCCGUUCGAGUACGAUAUACAACCAGCGCAGCGCCUCAUGUGGCGUUGCACAUUAACCAUUGGGGGGCGCAAGAUAGCUACGGCAACCGACCCGAACUCCAAGUCGGCGAAACUCGCUGUAGCGGAACAAGCACUCGUCACACUCAAACGAUUUUACCCAACUUUUGUCGAGCGAAAAAUUCAUCAGAAUAAUUCGGAACAAAGCAACGUUAGUAGGAACGAUUUAUUAACGAGUGCUCCUCGCAUCCACGAGGAGCAAAGAUUAACGGAGGAAAACAUUGGGAACAAACUCCUCAGGAAGAUGGGGUGGGGGGGGUCAGGUGGUCUCGGAAAAUCAGGCGAGGGCAGAACUGAUCCCGUCAUUUUAACGUCAAGUUUUAACCGAAGAGGUUUCGGAACGAACCAAAAUGAACCGACGAUCAUUUCAUCAAAGGAUGCAACGAGAGUGCUCAAGGAAUUCUUGGCGAAGAAUUGUGAUGGGGAGUUGACAUUUUCAUCAGAACUCGACGGGAACGAAAGAAAAGUUAUUAUUUGGACUUUCAAGUAAAUCUUAUGGUAAAGGAGAACAGAGAUACCUAGUGGUCACUCGGAAAAUCUGUGCUGAACAAAUUAUUUCGGAUUUUAACAACGGGUUAAAUUAUGACGGACAUCAAAUAAUUGCUGCGCAAAAAAAAUAACUGUAUUUUUUGGGGUUUUAAUUGAGUGGGUUUUUCGUUACAGUGCAGGUCGGCGUAGAAAUUGCUUUGUUUGUUUUUUUAAGCGGCAUUUACACUACUACAGCGUAGUUUUUUCUUCAGUGAAAAAAUGCAAUUACCUUUAAAAAUUUUCACAUUUUUAAUGUAUCAUUUAAAAAAAUGUCAUUUCAUUUUUUUUACUUUUAGUUUAGGAGUGAAUAACGGUGGGUGUUAUUGCUUUUUAAAUAAAGGCUUAAAAUUGUUGUGGCAGUGGCUUUCACAAUUUGGGUUUAAUUUGAAAUAUUACCAAUGCAAUUUUACUUCACAGUUUUUGGCAAUUUUUUUUUGUUAAUUUUUGGCGCUACCAAUUUUGUAAAAAAAAUUUCUUAUUUUUUCCUCCUUUUUCAGCGGUCGUGUUUUAGAUUUUGAAGUAAAAUAAAAAUUUUGUUGCAG